AUGAACAAAGACAUGUUACUUCAUCAGCAAGUACAACAACAAGAGGAGAAUAUGUCGAAUCUAACAUCAGCGUCUGGGGAUCAAGCAAGUGUCUCUUCCGGAAACAUAACUGAAGCAAGUGGUUCUAAUUACUUCCCUCAUCAUCAACAACAGCAAGAACAUGAACAACAACAGGUUUUUGUUCCAGAAUCGCAGCCUCAAAAGAAGAGAAGAAACCAACCAGGGAAUCCAGACCCAGAAUCAGAAGUGAUAGCUUUAUCACCAAAAACACUAAUGGCAACAAACAGAUUCGUGUGUGAGAUCUGCAACAAAGGAUUCCAAAGAGACCAGAAUCUACAGCUUCACAGAAGGGGUCACAAUCUGCCAUGGAAGCUAAAACAAAGAUCCAACAAAGAAGUGAUAAGGAAGAAAGUGUAUGUUUGUCCAGAAGCAAGCUGUGUCCACCAUGACCCAUCUCGAGCUCUCGGUGACUUAACCGGAAUUAAGAAGCAUUUCUGUAGAAAACAUGGAGAGAAGAAGUGGAAAUGUGAUAAGUGUUCAAAGAAGUAUGCUGUUCAAUCAGAUUGCAAGGCUCAUUCUAAGACUUGUGGCACCAAAGAAUACAGAUGUGACUGUGGCACUCUCUUUUCUAGGAGGGAUAGUUUCAUAACUCAUAGAGCAUUUUGUGAAGCAUUGGCAGAAGAGACUGCAAGAGAAGUAGUAAUACCGCAAAACCAAAAUCUUCAACCAAACCCGCUUUUGAUUCACCAAUCCUCUACUCAUCAUAAUCUUACACAGCCAAACAUAAAUCUCACUUCCUCUUCUUCCCCUUCCCACAACAUUAUUAAUACCCUUCACUUCGAAACCAACAACAAUGGUAGUAAAAAUAGUAACAGCAGCAGCAACCAUCUCCAUACAUUUCCCAUGAAGAAAGAGCAGCAACAAAGCAAUGAGCACAUCAUCAAUUACCACAACCAUAGCAUCCCUCCUUGGCUUGCACCUCAGCCGCAAGAUCUCACAUCUUCAAACCCUAACCCUAGUAAUAAUAGUGGAGGAGGAGGUUUGUUCUCUCUUGCAGCUUCUCCGGCUAUGUCAGCCACCGCAUUACUCCAGAAAGCAGCCCAAAUGGGUUCCACAAAGACACCUUCUUUGCCACCAGCCACCGAGUUCGAGAGGUCAGCUCAUCAUAACAACCUCACGACCACAAUGGCGGCCAUGAUGACGUCACCAUCUGGAUUCAUCAGCUCCAACAACAACAACAAUCAACUUUUGUUUCAAGACUACAACGCCUCCGGGUUUGAUCACCACGGCGGAGAAGAAGCCUUCGACGACACGUUCGGCGGGUUCUUGAGGACAAACGCUGAUACUACAACCGCAGGAUCAGACAAGAAUAAAAGCGGAGGAAGAGGAGAGGGUUUGACGAGAGAUUUCUUGGGGCUAAGACCGUUAAUGUCUCAUAACGAGAUGCUAAGUUUUGCUGGUCUCGGGAAUUGCAUCAAUGGCUCUGCUUCCGAUCAGCUUCAUCCAAAGCCUUGGCAGGGUUAG